AUGGCAGGUUCAUCAAAGAAUGAAAGAGAGUUAGCAACAGCGUUGGAAAAUAGAACAGAUGGGACUGUCGCGUUUGAAUCAACGAUCUGUGCCUUCCUCGUGAUGUCAGCUUUCACGGGUAAUGCUGUCUUGUGUUUGUCUCUGUACAAAAUUAGAGGAUUUAGAGCGCCACAGAACUACUACAUAACUUGUCUGGCAGUCGCAGACAUGCUUUUUGCCUUCGUGUGCAUGUCUUUCUCCCUUGGGGCUCUGAUAAAAGGAAAGUGGAUUUUCGGUGAUGCAUGGUGCCAGGUUCAGGGAAGCCUUAUUUUCAUCUUCGUUGAUGUUUCCCUUUUCACCAUGACGCUGAUCGCUAUAAACCGAUAUUUCAGAAUUUGCAAGCCAAUGAGCGUCUAUCAGAGGCUAUACAGCGAAAGAAACAUUUUGCUCUCCAUAAUUCUUGCAUGGAUUGCCUCAAUAGCAGUAGUGGUUGCCCUGUUCUCGUUUACCAAUAAACCCUUUCGCUUUCAUCCCGGAAAAUAUCUUUGCUUCCCAGACAUGGCUCAUAGCAAAGGCGUUCAUCGUUAUACACUGUGUGCUUAUCUUUCAGUCAGCGCUGUUACGUUUCCAACAAUGACUUUCUGCUACUUUCGAGUCUACAAAAAUGUUCGGGAACAUUUUGCGGAUAUUGCAAAGUCGGGUUUGGUGACAGAUGCCUCAAGAUCGUUCGUCAACGAAGCCAAAAUAUCGAAAAUGUUGUUCAUAACCGUCAUUGCCUUCCUUGGGUUUUGGACACCUUCCAUCUGCCUCGACCUUUACGAAGCAAUUCAUGAGCAAUAUUCUCUUCCGCGACAGGUGUAUUAUUGGCAGAUAAUAACUUUUACCUGCAGCAGUGUGGUCAAUCCCAUUAUAUAUGGCUUCAUGAGGAAAGAGCUACGAAGGGCUUACAAAAGUAUUCUAACUUGUAAAUUGUCUCGUUAG